GAGCGCCCGCGCGCGGGGCCGGCGGGGGCCUCGGCGGGCGAGCGGACGCGCGGGGCCAUGGUCGUGGCCCCUUGACGGGCCGCGGCCGCCUCCAUGAAGCGGAAGAGCGAGCGGCGGCCGAACUGGGCCGCCGCGCCCCCCUGCUCGCGGCGCUGCUCGGCGUCCUCGCCCGGAGUGAAGAAGAGCCGCAGCUCCACGUCGCAGGAACUGCACCGCCUGGACCACCAGGACGACCUGUACCUAGACAUCACCGCUUUUCAUGGAUACUGCUCCAACAAAGAUCGCCUUUGUUUUGCCAUUCUCUACAGCAGACCAAAGAGUUCAUCAAAUGUACAUUAUUUCAGCAUAGAUAAUGAACUUGAAUAUGAGAACUUCUACGCAGAUUUUGGACCACUCAAUUUGGCAAUGGUUUACAGAUACUGUUGCAAGAUAAAUAAGAAAUUAAAGUCCAUCACAAUGAUGAGGAAGAAAAUUAUUCAUUUUACUGGCUCUGAUCAGAGAAAACAAGCGAAUGCUGCUUUCCUUAUUGGAUGUUAUAUGGUUAUAUAUUUGGGGAGAGCUCCAGAAGAAGCAUAUAGAAUAUUAAUGUGUGGAGAUACAUCCUAUAUCCCUUUCAGAGAUGCUGCCUAUGGAAGUUGCAAUUUCUACAUUACACUUCUCGACUGUUUUCAUGCAGUAAAGAAGGCAAUGCAGUAUGACUUCCUUAAUUUCAACUCAUUUAACCUUGAUGAAUAUGAACACUAUGAAAAAGCAGAAAAUGGAGAUUUAAAUUGGAUAAUACCAGACCAAUUUAUUGCCUUCUGUGGACCUCAUUCAAGAACCAGACUUGAAAGCGGUUACCACCAACAUUCUCCCGAGGCUUAUAUUUCAUAUUUUAAGAAUCACAACGUUACUACCAUUAUUCGUCUGAAUAAAAGGAUGUAUGAUGCCAAACGCUUUACAAAUGCUGGUUUCGAUCACUAUGAUCUUUUCUUUGCGGAUGGUAGCACCCCUACUGAUGCCAUCGUCAAAGAAUUUCUGGAUAUUUGUGAAAAUGCAGAGGGUGCCAUUGCAGUACAUUGUAAAGCUGGCCUUGGACGAACAGGCACUCUAAUAGCCUGCUACAUCAUGAAGCAUUAUAGGAUGACAGCAGCUGAAACCAUUGCUUGGGUCAGAAUCUGCAGACCUGGCUCAGUGAUUGGACCACAGCAACAAUUUUUGGUGAUGAAACAAGCAAGCCUCUGGUUGGACGGUGACUAUUUUCGUCAAAAGUUAAGGGGACAGGAGAAUGGAAAACACAGAGCAGCUGUCUCAAAACUCCUCUUGGCUGUUGAUGACAUUUCAAUCAAUGGGGUCGAGAAUCAAGAAAAGCAAGAACCUGAACUGUACAGUGAUGAUGACGAAAUCCAUGGAGUGACACAAGGUGAUAGACUGCGGGCCCUGAAAAGCAGAAGACAGUCAAAAACAAACGCUAUUCCCCUCACAGUAAUUCUUCAGUCCAGUGUUCAGAGCUGUAAAACAUCUGAACCUAACAUUUCUGGCAGUGCAGGCAUUACUAAAAGAACCACCAGAUCUGCUUCAAGAAAAAGCAGUUUUAAAAGCCUGGUUCCUCAGAGGGAAGGAAGGAAAAGGAAUGCUUUGCAACAAAUGCCCUUAAUGGCAUUAUGGUACUCGCAUUGCUCUGCUGCUUCUGCCCACCCUUCCUGUUUUCUUUGUUUUUAUUUUUAUUUUUUAUUUUUUUGCAGAACUGAACCUUUUUCUGCUCUGCCUUUCUCUCCCGUUUGUCUUUACUUUAUGGUUGGUACUGUACUGUCUUUUCCAAAAUACUUGUCAUUAAAAAAAUUAUACAAAGUGUAUACUUUUUAGCAUGUCACUACUUUUAUUAUGUUGCCUUCCUUGUCUUUUGAUAACUACAUACAGGACACUUGGAAACCUUCAUGGUAAAAUCCUUUUUUUUCUCCCCCUGUAGUCCCUCCAUUUCAAGGACUAAAACAGUCUUGCGUUAAGUAAAAACCUGUGACCAGAACUGAAGGAAGACUCUAGGAACAGAAAACUACAGCAGGACUUAGCACAAUUUAUUUGGAAAAAAAACAAAAUUGCAAAAAAGCCUUAGCUGCUUUCCACCUAAGAAGUUUAUUCAAGGAAGACAAUGUCCACUGGAGUUUAAAUAACUACAUGAGUUUGGGCACAAUCAGUGACUUGAAGAAGGCCCGGCUCACCUUUUGUAGAAAUGUCUCGAGUUUAAUGACAAAAAAGCUGUUGUAAAUUUAGUCUCAGGUGUAAAUAUCAAAAGCCCUCUGCUGUCAGGAGAGCUGACCAGUUUGUGUGGUGCACGUGUGUCCCUGUGAUGGCAAUCAUUUUAGCUGCUGGCCUUCAGAAGAAGGGAGGAUCUGAUGGAGGUUUUUUAUGUAUUUAUUUUCUGUUCACCCUGUGUCAAAAUUUAUAAAGAGAAAACAGGCGUUACUGAAAUGAUCCUCUCUGUAAUUUGAUACUGUUUGGUUUAACCAUCUUCAGUUUAACAUUUGUAACGUGGUUGUAAUGGUAACUCUGUUAAGUACCCAAGCUGCUUGUCUUCCACCAAAGAGUGCUUUAUUAACAAGAACCUGUGAAAAACCUGUUUGAAGACUGUUGGAUGUUGUGAUAAAAAGUGGUACUUUGGCAACCUAAACUGGUAAGAGAAUGUGAGCUGUAGCUCUAGGAAGACUCAGGAGGGGAAACUGGCUUCAGAGUUGGAAGAUUGUUGUAAGUCAUUCCUCUAUGUGUCGUUGAGGAACUGGAAAAUGCCAAGGCUGCCCACUGUUUGGUUGCCCAGUCCUACAAACAAAUCAUAUUUCCUUCCACACAUGAUUUAAAAA